CUCUUGUUGGAAGUAAAUCGUUACCCUCCGGACAACACCUACCAACGUCGUACCGGUUCUCGAUCGUUGUACUGAGAAACAAUUGCAUCAACAUGGCUAAGCUCGCCGUACUUGCUCUGACCUUUGUGCUGUGUGUGAUCGUUGCGGAAGCAGCCACUGGAGGUGAAUGCCCGUUGGCAUCAAAGGUGGCGUCCUGUUCGCCUACUUGCCAGACCGAUCGCGAUUGCGCCGACAUUGGCGGCAAAUGCUGCUCGAACUCGUGCAAUCGCAAAUCCUGCGUCGAGCGCAGUAAACUGAAGCAGAGCAGUGAUAAAUAUGCUUCCGGCGGUUCUGGCUCGUACUGUGGUAACACAAAGUGCAACUCGUUCGAAAAGUGUGGAACUGAUGCGAACAAACGCCCCAAGUGUGUCCGUGCCUGAGAACGUUCGAAGAAGUGAAUUUAUGGUGUAAAAUUUGAAACAGCAAUAAACUUCAGAGUUUACUUCAUUUGAAA